GGACACCGGGCCCGGGGCGGUGGCACCGGGUGCCCGCCCCGAUGCCCGGCCUGUUUACACCGGGGCGGCGCGUACCACAACGGCGGGGGGACAAGGCGGGUGGCAGCCGCGCUGAGCCCCCGCCGCGCUGAGCCGCCUUGGCAGCGCGGCGCCCCCGUUACCGAGCACGGGGUUGGGGGUACCGGGUUCCCACCACCGAGCCCCAUCCCGCUGCCGGCUGGGUUCCGCUUCCUGGCUCCGUGCCCGCUCUCCCCCCCUCGCCGCCGCGAUGGUUCGUCCCGCGCCGCCGCGAUUGGCCGAGCGCUUAAAGGGGCAGGCAGCGCGCGCUUUUCCGCCCUCGCCGGCGCGGCGCAUCCCGGUGCGCGGGGCGGGGGGGGCGGCGGCGGCGGGCGCGCGGCCCCCCCUCGGCGGCGCCAUGGAGGCGGCGGAUGGCGGCCGCCGCGGGACACAAAAGGCGGCGAGGCGGCGGCGGCGGAGAGCGCCUCAGCGGGGCCCUAUGGCGGCGGCGGCGGCGGCAGCGCCGGGGCCCGGCCCGGUUGGCGGCGGUGGCGGCGGCGGAGCUCCGCGGUACAGCCUGCUGGCCGAGAUCGGCCGCGGGGCCUACGGCGUGGUGUACGAGGCGGUGUCGGGCCGCAGCGGCGCCCGGUUGGCGGUGAAACGGAUCCGUUGCGACGCUCCCGAGAACGUGGAGCUGGCGCUGGCCGAGUUCUGGGCCCUGACGAGCCUCCGGCGGCAGCACCCCAACGUGGUGCGCUUCGAGGAGUGCGUCCUGCAGCGGCACGGCCUGGGGCAGCGCAUGAGCCACGGCAACAAGCGCAGCCAGCUCUACCUGCGCCUCGUGGAGACCUCCCUCAAAGGUGAGAGGAUCCUGGGCUAUGCAGAGGAACCUUGCUACCUGUGGUUCGUCAUGGAGUUCUGUGAAGGAGGAGACCUCAACCAGUACGUGCUCUCACGAAGACCUGACCCAGCCACAAACAAGAGCUUCAUGCUGCAGCUGACCAGUGCCAUUGCCUUCCUGCACAAGAACCACAUUGUCCACCGGGACCUGAAGCCAGACAACAUCCUGAUAACAGAGAAGUCUGGAACCCCUGUCCUCAAAGUGGCCGACUUCGGGCUGAGCAAGGUCUGCGCUGGCCUCACUGCUCGGGGCAAGGAGGGGGGGCACGGGAACAGGAAUGUGAAUGUCAACAAGUACUGGCUGUCCUCGGCUUGUGGCUCUGAUUUCUACAUGGCCCCCGAGGUCUGGGAGGGACACUACACUGCCAAGGCUGACAUCUUCGCUCUGGGCAUCAUCAUCUGGGCCAUGAUUGAGAGGAUCACUUUCAUUGACGCGGAGACCAAGAAGGAGCUGCUGGGGACCUACAUCAAGCAGGGGACUGAGAUUGUGCCUGUUGGGGAAGCGCUGCUAGAAAACCCAAAGAUGGAGCUGCACAUCCCUCAGAAACGCAGGACUUCCAUGUCUGAGGGGAUCAAGCAGCUCUUGAAAGACAUGUUGGCUGCUAACCCGCAGGAUCGACCUGAUGCCUUUGAGCUUGAAACCAGGAUGGACCAGGUUACAUGUGCUGCUUAAAUUCAGGGCAGGGCACUGCUGUGCUUUGCAGCUGGGUUUAUUUACCAGGGACCCAUGAUCUCCAUUAUUUACGUGCAAGGAGGGAAGCUGAAGCUAAGGGACGAUGAGGAUGAUGAUGAUGAUGAUACAGAAGAUCUCUGGUGUGCAGGAUCUCUGGCAAUGUGAAAUCUUUGGGUGUUACUUUCUGUUGGGAUGGGGUGUUCUGGGGGCACAGGAGGGGGCUGCAGGGGCCUAUGGAAGAGCAGCAGCCAUGCUCAUGAGACUUAAACACAAUCUAGGGAGCAGAGCUGCCCUUGCCCAGCCCUCCCCUGUCCCCUGUGUUGCCAUUUGACUCUGUGGAUGUUUCGAGACAAGAUCUGGUUCCAUAAGGAGGUGGGAAUCAGCCUCCAGGCACCAGCUCUGGGUCUGGCUGGGCACAGCUUUGGGUUUGAAGCUGUUGCUUCUGCGGAGGGGAAACGGGAGCAGAGCGAUUGCCAGGUCUGUACCAGCAGUGCAGUGCUUCAGAAACAGAGUCCCUGCAAUCAGGUGUUACAAACAGCUAAAUCAUUUCAUAGCCAGGCAGCUGCCGACCAGGGGGAUGCUGCCCUGCUGGGAGCAGUUGACAUUAGGAUAGAGUAGCAUAACCAGGCUGGGAAGGCAUUUGGUUGUGAUGGGCAGAUGUUUGUUCUCCCCAAGCUGGAUUUCACUCUUCAUGCUUGGUACCUCACAGAGGGUGAUGGGGAGCCCAUAAGCAUGUUUUCAGUGGACAGAAACAAAGCAGUCCACUGCCCUGAUCCAUUGAAUGCCAACCUUCAGCUGUUAGGAACUUGGGAGACGAGGAGGUUUGGCCUAAAUGGCUCAGGGCUGGAUUCUAGCCUCCCAUAAAACACUCUUCCCUGCUAGCUGACCAUCUCCAGGAAGCAAAUGCUGCUGUUUAGGUUUGGUUACGUACAGUACAGCUCAGGUAAGGAGAUUGCAACCUCAGGCUGAGCAGUUAAUACUCGAUUUCCUUGCCUAUAUUUAGAGCAACACUAAUAUCCUGGGGCUGACCCGGUGUUGAUGGUCUUUAGACUUUGCUCACUGUAAAUGCAAUGUAAAGCAGCACCUCUUCACCACCCCGUGGGUUCUGAACCAACUAAAGCCAUUUCUCAUCGGGCUAAAACACCAGGUUGGUCUGACCUGGGUGCUCAGCCAGGGCCUUGGGCAGCACAGGGUCCCUGCGAGCCCUCACCCCUGGCUGUGGGAACUGCUCCUUGCCUCUGUGCAGGCUGCAGCUUUCCUGUGCCAUCACUGGAUCACUGAACUGGCAGCACCUCCUUGUAUCUCCUCAGUGUUACCUUGCUG